AUGUCUGAGGGAUUUUUUUGUGGAUCGUGGCCAACUGCUACCGAGUUUGUGAAUCGAUUUAUACAUGGUCUGCUAGCUAUGGAGCUUCGGGGCAGUAUCCCUCACCUACUGUGUCUCUGUCGAGAUUUGACUGCUAUAAUACGUUCAAUUGUGGGCGCACAGGGAGUUCUGCACGGCCCUGUCCAAUUUGGAGAUUUAACUCCACCUGUAGGCUUCGUUUCCGACGGAGUUGUUCACAGGUUUCCUGAACUAUCCACGCGAGACUCCACACUAUCUACCAUUGUCCAAGCAUUUAAGGAGCUUAGGCAAAUAGCCCUUCCCGUGUAUUCAGAUCUCCAAUUUCGUCUGGCUUAG